AUGGCUCGUGGCGGCAACAACAAGCGCAUCAUUGGGCUCCUCGUCGGCGCGGGUGGCCUCCUCUCGUUCUCGAUGCCCUUCCUCAUCGUGCAGAGCAAGAAGGACCAGAACACGAUGAGCAUGGAAGGCCCGCUCUCGACGUCGCAGAUCCGCCGCGGCGUGUACAUGAACACAGGCUCCAAGGACAUUGGCCGCGACCCGGACUGGGACCUGACGACCAACUCGUACAAGGGCCGGCGCACGGCGUACCCGCCCCGCGACGAGGCCAGUACGACUGACGCCUAG